GUCGAGUCGCACAAUGUGUGAGACUAUUGCGAUUGAGAUCUAGCUAGUAUCAGUUAGACAUACAAAUUUGAAAGAUUGUAGUUCUUUAUAUUUCCAUAUAUCGGAUCCGGUGACUGGGCUGAAAACAUUUACAAUCGGAAUUUUGUAAAUUCAAAAAAUCAGGUCGAACACAAGAGACAAAGGAACACAAUUUGGCAAAUAGACUUGUUCAGAAACAAAGACAUACAAUAUAAUGGGAAAUACCAGAAGAAAUGUUAUCAUUUCGUUGAUAGCAGUUGUUCUUAUAAUCAGCGGCAUUGUAGUUGCGAUUGUAACAAAUAUGAACACUUUUUCUUUUACUAUCACCACUACAACUCCGACUACAACUCCGACGAAUACUACUGCCGCUUCAACAACUACUGAGACUAUCCAGAUGUUAACAGAAAAAAAGACCACAACUGAUCCAGGUCCGGCUUGUUACUGGAUUGAAAUCGAUAAAUCAAUCAGCAUGAAUUAUGAUGAUGCGGUUGACGCCUGUUUGAAAAAGAAUGGAGUUAUUGGUUCUCCGAAGGAUGAAAAUGCUCUUAACGCAUUUAUGGACUAUGUGAGGCCGGAAAGAGGAUACCGUAGAAGAAUAUGGACAAGUUUACAGAUUGAUCCUGAGACGAAUGUGAUAUCACCUGAGGGUGCAUACACCAAAUGGACAAAAUGGAAACCUGACCUAGGGUCUUCGUUCAUAAUUUAUACCGGAGUUAUGCUGAUGGUACAUGUAGACAAGACAACAGACGAGAACGGGAUGGCAAAUUGGUUUGUCACAUCAAUAGCAUACGGUGUUGUAUGCCAGACUCAUCUAAAUGACAACAAAAGGCCAACCGAUGUUGACUACCUCGAUGGACCAUGUUAAAAUGAUUUUAUUCAGAGAUUAAAACGAUUAUUACGUAUAUGAUUUUUUUCUUAUAUUCGCCAAUCGCAUGAUACUUCUUAUCUGUCAAUUUCUCUUAAAUUGUAGAUGUAUAAACUGGCGUUUCAAUUGUAGAACAAUGCCAAUAUAAUUGACAUAAGUCAUCUGCAAAAGAACUGACAAUAAAAAUCGGUUAGAUUUGCCCAAAUUGCCAAUGUUUUGGAGCAAGCCAAUAAACUCAUUUUAUUUUGGAAAACGAUGCAUGUUGUAUAUCUCAACGAUGUGUUGACAAAAUCAUUAAGUUUGCAUCUUGAACGCCAUAAUAAUUACAUACAUACAAAAUUCAAAAAAAUCGAUACUGACAGUUUCCUUAUGAAAGUGUGACAUACUUUGUAUUCGAAUAAAAUUUCUACUUCAUCUA